AUGCAGCCAUUCUCUGUGAACACAACAUUUGUACGUCCAUCCACAUUUUAUAUUAAUGGAUUUUCCAACAUGCCACAUGCAAAGUAUUAUUAUAUAUUUCUCUGCCUUGUCUACACCACAAUGGUCUUUGGGAACUCCUUUAUAAUGUGUACUAUAUGCCUGGCCCGUACUCUUCACACAGCGAAGUACAUUGCCGUGUUUAACUUGGCUGUGACUGAUUUGGGUGGAAGUACUGCUCUGAUUCCAAAGCUUAUAGACACUUUUUUGUUUGAACACCAGUACAUAUCUUAUGAAGCUUGCUUGGCCAACAUGUUUUUUGUUUUCUUUUUCAUGACUCUGCAGUCUCUCACUCUGCUUGCUUUGGCUUAUGACAGAGUGGUUGCAAUUUGUUUCCCUCUCAGAUACCAUGCAAUUGUCACUAAAACAGCAAUGGCUUUGAUCACUGGAUGUAUGUGGGUAUUUACAACAGCUCUAGUUGCUUCUGUUGUAGCACUGAUUACCAGACUCUCUUUUUGUCGAUCUACUGUUGUUAACAGCUAUUUUUGUGACCAUGGACCAAUUUAUGCACUGGCCUGUAAUGAUAACUCCUUGAAUAUCAUCAUGGCCUAUGUCUGUUUGGUCACAAUCCUCUGCAUACCAUCGAUAUUAAUAGGUAUUUCAUAUACUUGCAUAGCUUUUGCAUUACUUAAAAUUGCACAGGGAACUGAGCGUAUCAAAGCCAUGAAAACCUGUACAUCCCAUUUGAUAUUAGUGGCCAUGUUCUACCUACCACUUUUAUUCAUAAAUGCAGCAGCUGUAUUGUCAAGACUAGACCCUAAUGUCAGGAUAAUCAAUUACUCUCUCACACAAACAAUACCAUCCAUGCUGAAUCCUAUUAUAUACACAAUUAAGACAGAGGAGGUCAGGCAGUCUAUUAGAGGACUCUACAAAAGAGCCAUGGUAAAUAAAACAGUAGAUAAAAAUAUGAAGGGCACCAGAGGUUAUUAUAACAUUGAAGUUACAGAAAACCUGCAGAAAUGA